AUGGUUUUAUCUUUACCAUGUCACAUGACUGGUGACAUUAAUACUUUGUUUGCUGGAGAUAUAAACUUGCCAACAAACAGAAAAUGAUAUUUAUUUAAAUCUGUUUAGCUGAACAUUAAGUGUUGAUAGACAUUGGACAUUAUAGCUAGAUGGAGUGUGUUUUUUUUUGUUUAAUUGUCAAUGAGCCUAGAUGCCUUAUGAUUUGAGUUAAAUCAAAGAUGUACUGAAUAAAAUAUUCGGUGGUCAGCAAAAUGGCAGCUUUUUCGCAAUCCACCAUUGAAAAAGGAAAUGACUGGGUCCAAGACUUUUUGUGUUCGGCGUGCGAAGACGAGAAACUGGACGAAUCUGCUGAUUUCUACUGUGACUCUUGCGAGAAGUUUUACUGCCGAAAAUGUAUUCACAUGCACGGCCAUUUGUUUAAGAAACAUUCCACUCAUGGAAGGAGUGAUAUGAAGAAAUGGCCAGUGGUCAAGAAGGUGGAAGAUUUUCUUCUUAAAUGUGAUGUUCACAAAGAAGAAAACCUUGUAAGGUUUUGCAAAGACCAUAGCAAGCUGUGCUGCAAUACUUGUGCUUUCCAUUAUCACAGGCAAUGCAAAACGGUGAUGCUUUUAUCUGACUUGGUUAAAAAUACCUCCACAGACCUUAAACAAGUAUCAGUUACUAUCCAAACUACUCUGGCAGAACUGAAGAAGCUUCAAGACAAUCAGGAGGCUAGCAUUAAGUCUGUGCAAAGUUCAUAUGAUGAGCAGUUACACAAGAUACAGGAAAGUCGGCAAAAAAUACUUGCAGCCUUAGACAUGCUUGAAAAGAAGACACUGCAGGAAAUGAAAGAUACUCUUACCAAACUGCAAGCCUCUCUAAAAAGUGAUGUUGACAAAUGUAUCACUUUUCAAAAGGAAUUAAAACAACUUGGAGACGCUAUUUAUGACAUAAGUGAUAAAAGCAAACAAGAAUUAUCUUUUAUAGCCAGCAUUUAAUGCAAGGACAAAAUACAGCAGUUUGAAAACUAUCAGAAUAAGAACUCUGCUCAACUAAAAUUUUCAAUAACUUUCCAGCCUAAUAGUGAAAUAAUGCAGUACCUUUCCCAGUUGUCAGGUCAUGGGAAGAUUGAACACUAUGCCCAGUCAUUGACUGCAGUGGAAAAUGCAGACCGAGUAAUGAGGAUUGAUGGGAAGUCUGAGUAUGGUGUAUGGGUAAAGGGUGAUUCAACUUGCAGUAUCACAGACAUAUGUGUUCUCCCAAGUGGACAAGUCCUUGUUGUUGACUGCGGUAAUAAGAAAGUCAAGUUGUUGAACAAGCAGUACCAGGUUGUGAGUCACUGUAGUGUAUCUGAUUUGCCUUUGGGCAUAUGUCAGAUCACACCCGGUGAGGUUGGUGUUACUGUUGGUAAAGAGGUCCAGUUUAUCAAAGUCAGCAUCAGCCAGCUGGUGAAAGACAGAAAGCUCAAGUUUCAACAUGAAUGUUUGGGUAUUGCCUCCCACCAGGCAGACCUGUUUGUAACCUCUGGUACUGAACUAUACAACUACUCGCUGGAUGGUAAACUAGUCAGCAAACUUCACAAGAAUAAGUCAGUACGGUGUUGUGCAGUGAGCCCAACAGGUGACAAGUUGUAUAUCACAAACUCCACACAGAACAAGCUCCUCACCUUGGCCAGGGAUGGAUCAGUCCUUGACACUUUCAAGGACCUUGAACUGACAUGGCCAACUAGUUUGUAUGUGACACCUGAAGGCCAUGUGAUGGUGUGUGGAAAUGAUUCCGAUGCUAUCCUACAGGUUGACAGUAGUGGCAGUAGGAAGCUGGCCACUCUGGCUACAAGGAGAGAUGGGCUUAAGAACCCAUUGUCAGUCUGCUACAACAGCAACACUGACUCUGUUAUUGUGGGACAGAUUAACAACAAGAUCCUGGUGUACAAAGUGAAAUAGCUUAUAAUUCUUGUAUCUGUUUUGUGUAAUAAUAAUAAUAAUAAUAAUAAUUAGUAUAAUAAUGAUACAAAUUACAAGUGCUGUUAGUCAAUUAGUGCUUUGGUACAGUGCAACAAUUUUAAAAAAAUAAAUAAUUAUACUGUACAUGUGUAGGAAUAAGUGAUCUAAAUGACAAUAGUUGUUUUAUGUAAUAGUGAUAUGCUUCAACGCAAAAAUGAUUGCAAAUGUGGAUACUUAUAUUUUUAUGCGGUUCUGGGGGCAUAUUAAAAUCGCACCGUCAGUUAAGUUAGUUUGUCUGUCAGAAUCAGUUUUCGCUCAAUAAGUCAAGCAAUUGUCAUCAGAUCUUCACUAAACUUCAUGAAAAUGUGUAAGGCAAUAACAUAUAGGUCACGUUGGAUAUUCUGCGAAAUUAACCCAGACACUCCUGAGUUACCGCCCUUGAAUCAUCUGAAAUUUGGUUUUUCUCAUUUCCGCUCAAUAACUCUAGCAAAUUUCAUAGGAUCUUCGCCACACUUCAUGAAAAUGUGUAAGGCAAUAACAUCUAAGUCAAGUUCGAUAAUGGGCUAAAUUGACCCAGACACUCCUGAGUUACGACCCUUGAAUCAUUGAAAAAUUGCGUUUUUUCUUGUUUCUGCUCAAUUACUCCAGCAAUUGUCAUUGCAUCUUCACAAUACUUCAUAAAAAUGUGAAAGGCAAUAACAUCUAGGUCAAGUUUGAUAAUCAGCCAAAAUGACCCAGACACUUCUGAGUUAUGGCCCUUAAAUCAUCAAAAAGUUGUGUUAUUUUCUAGUUUCCACUCAAUAACUCGAGCAAAGGUCAUAGGAUCUUUACCACACUUCAUGAAAAUGUAAGGUCAUAAGAUCUAGGCCAAGUUCGAUAAUCAGCAAAAUUGACGAAGACACUCCUGAGUUACGGCCAUUGAAUCAUAAAAAAAAAUAGUUUUUCUCGUUUCCCCUCAAUAACUCAAGCAAUUGUCAUCGGAUCUUCACCACACUUUAUAAAAAUGUGUAAGGCAAUAAAAUCUAGGUUAAGUUUGAUAAUCAGCCAAAUUUACCCAGGCACUUUUGAGUUACGGCCCUUGAAUCAUAAAAAAAAUUGUGUUUCCUCUCAAUUACUCAAGUAAACCUGGGUUUCAUGUGGAAUUGGCCAACAACUCUGAUGGACUGAUAUUGUUUUAAACAUUUUCCUGAGUGAUACAGUUUCAAUUGUUGCUAUCAAAUUCAUUCUCAAGAGUUGUUAACUACCGUAGGUUUCCACGUAUAGCGCACAGUGUUUUACCUCCUAAAUUCAAAUUAAAAAGCUGGUGCGCGCUAUACAUUGAUACAACGCUAACCUAGCUGCUAAAUUGGUAAAAAAUAUGUUGUGUAAUCGUAAAUAAUCAAAAUGGCCGCCAUGUUUUUUUCUAGAAAACUACCACCCUAUAAUCGUACAGACUGAGGGGCCAUUGUCGAAACAACAAGAAGUUGCUACUGGUAGAUAUGAAUGCGGUAGAAGAAGAUUUGGUCAAAAAUAAAUUUGUUUGAAUAAACUUGCGGACAUUUCUUUGUUUGUGUUUUUACACUUCUUUAUUGAUGAAUUCCGAUGGGGAUUGUUGUCGACAUUCCGGAGAGCAGGCAAGGGUAGGUGCGAACGAGGUCUUUUUUGCGGGUAACGGUAGGUGUGAAAGGGGGUCAUUUUGCACUUCGUAAUUGGCAGAUGUUAUUGAGUAAUAUGUGCCACGACUUGUUAAGACGCUAAUUGACAUUUGAGACACUAAUUGACACUUGAGAAUGUGAAGAUAUGCAAUUGCAUUUUGUGUGUAUAAAUAUUGAAUGUUCAACAGUGGUGUACCUCAAUAACUGUAUCCCCGUCUCCCAUGCGACAUUCAAAUUUACCGGUAAUGCCCAUGCUUUUCCCGAGGAAAAAUCACACGAUGUACACUAAUUCUUAUUUUCUAACGUUUCAUGAAAUGCACGUGUACUGUUAAUCUUUUGCUAGAAAAUUACAAAAUUGUCAGAAAAGUAUAGUGCUAUGCAACCCAUGCUCCUAAUCAUAAUGACGCUUCCUAUUUUGAAUGCUUAAUUAAGCUUUCCAAUGCCCUGGAUUAUUGGAUUGUGCAAUAGUAAAAUGGCGGCAAUUUUCGGUCCGAUUUGGUGGUUUUAUUGUCUUUAAAGAUUUUUUUCUUCAUUUUUGCAUUUAAAAAACAGCCUGCGCGCUAUACACGGGAGCGCGCUAUACGUGGAAACCUACGGUAGUCAAAAAAAGAUGAUAUGUGAAGCUUACAUGUCCAUAUCACAUAAUGGGCCAAAUGUAAAAUAUUUGUCAAAUAUAUAACCCAUUUAUAAUGGUACUGAUAUCAUAAAUAACUGACAAAUAUCCCGUUUUAACCUAAGGUUUUCAUCAGAACAUCUUCUGGGGCAUGUGUCAUCCUUCAGAGACAGCUCUUGUUCCUUAAAUAAUGUUUUUACUCGUGGUAUGUUUAGAAUUUGAUUUAUUAGAUUUGUAACAAUUACUUGAUAUAUUCCUUUAUUUGCUCUUUAAAAGGCUCGGAUAGAAUUUAGUCUAUGGAAAAACUUUUCAAUUGAUAAUAUUGGCUGAUAUAAUAUAGCCAAUAUUUUGUAAUUAACGGAUAGUUUUCAAAUUUAAACACUUUUUAAAUCCAUUAAUUAAUGUGAUAAUUUUACAGUUUGUAUUAUUGUUUUCCAUCAUUUUGUGCUUUGUUUUGAUUAUCAUAAUUGUGUUCCAUCGAGAGAGAGAAAAACAAGUUACUGCCUGUUCGUUUUGUAUGAUAUCAGGCAAGGCUUAAAAUAAUGUUGAAGCUUGCCAAACCUUAAGUUUAUUCCCACCAAGCCUGAUAUAUUACAAAACGAUCAGGCAGUUGUCUGUUUUUCUGUUUAUCAUAAUUUUGUCUCCAUUUUAAAAGAAAUAAUGAAAUAUAAUCGCUUAAAUGCUGCAUUUUUAGUUGGAAUAAUUAUAAUUUUUGACAUUUGACGUGUCAAUGAUGACGUCUUUAACACUUGCACUUAAUACUUGAUAAAAUAUGUGUUUUGCUGUGUUUGAACAUUUUUGUGUAAAAAAUAUAUUACACCUUUUAUCCAA